AUGUCAGACGAUACACUGGAUAUUACAAAAUGGGAACAUGAAUAUCCUUUCUUAAAUACGGUUUGGCAAACAUAUAAGCCAUUAGAUGAAGAUGUGAAGGAUAUAUUAAGUUCCAGUAACAUUAAUAAUGUUUGCGACCAAAUUUUUACAAAAAAUCGGUAUGAAUCUAAUGAAAAUAACAAAAAAUUUUGUCAGAAACUUGUGAGAAAUUUAGGGUGCUAUAAUUUCGAUUAUAAAUAUUAUUAUCAACAUACGGAUUUUUGUGCGAUUUUAUACUAUUGGGUAUAUAAAACAAAACAAGAAAAAAAUAUUGAUAUAACACUUAUUAAUGAAAUUUUUAAUAAUUCUUUUAGUAAAACUUGUACGUACGACAGAAUAGCUAAAUGUUAUUAUUAUUCUUAUUACGAUGAGUUUGAAGAACCAGUGAACAUAAUAUUUUGGGAUAUUUUCCAAAAGCAUAUGGAUAUAAUAAGAGAUAAUUUGCAUAACCCACAUUAUUCAAUUAAUGCUAAUUUGCUAACGUAUAUUUGUAAAUGCGUUUAUAUAUAUAAAAAAUGUAUAAAAAAUAUUGCGUUGAUAAACAUGGUAAUGAGGAAAAGAGAAAUAACACGUGUAACAUGUUAA